CCCGAGACCUAUUCCUGGAGACGCAGGCUGGUCAUUUUCCGAGUUAAUUAAGUUUGUCUAUAGGCUGUUUGUCGGGGCUCCAGGUUGAGCUGGCUGGUUGACUUAGAUCACUUGGCUCCCAGAUUUUAAAGAGCUCGCAAACAUCCUGAUAAACAAAUGUCAUUUCUGAUGUGAUGGGUUUUUGCUUGAGACUUGCAAGAUUGUGAGAUGCCAGGUUGUUGGUGUCUUUGCCCGUUUUUAAAUGUCACAAUAUUAAGCAGUAGCCCAGAGUUGGCAAACCCCAUGGAGCUUUCAGUCAAGUAGUGGACAGAUGAGUUUCCUCCACAAGGUAAUAAAAACGAUUCUCCACCGGAAGUCAUUAUGAUUGAGCCAAUUCUCUUUCAGGGAUGUUGAAACGCAUUACACAACAAUUCGUUAUUUUUGCUGCCUUGUGAGAGUCAUGGGACUGAAUGGGAAGGCAUCCAGUGAUCCAAUCAGAUACAAACCUCGUUUUUGCCUGAAGUGAGAGAUAAUCUGGCCUCUGCCCUGUAACCUGAAGAUUAUUCUCCUCUCAUCAGGACCGGUGGGGAGAACCGCUGCCAAUCCAUCUGCCAUGCUCCUUAAUCCAAAGCGACUGCGCCAAACUAGCAAAAACGAGCUGAAUCAGACCGCGAGUACCUUCAGAGUAAAAGCUUUGAAAGUUUGACAAAAUUAAUUCUGAUUACCAUUAGGAAAAAAAACAUGAUUCAUUGUGAUUCCAAAUAGUUGAUUGAAAUAUGGUAAUAAAUGUCAAAAUCUUUAUUCGAACGUUCAUAACUAUCGUCUACACACUUUGGGUCAAUGCAGAUUUUUAAAACAAGCAAAAAGAAAGAAAGAAAGAAAGAAAGAAAGAAAGAAAGAAAGAAAGAAACUCCAUCCAUUGCCUACUACGUAUUUUUGCAAAACCUCCACGACGAGGCAGGUUUGAGUUCUAUUCUGAAAAUGCUCACCGGAAGCUAAUUGAAUUUAAGCUCGCUUGGCCCGACUCGUGCGCCCUCACUCCCCUCUGGCAUCUGCAUCCUCGGAGGCGCACGGACUCUCGUGGACGCGUUUGCUGUAGCCCACCGCAGCCAGCUAUGUUAAGAAGACGUGACUUUAUUUGACUUUGCAUGUGAAAGUUGGACACGUGGAAAUUGUUGUCGUCGUCUUUGGUUUCUUCUGCGCGAUGGAGUGAUGCAGAAUGGGAUCAUCAAAUUGGGAAUAAAACUUGGUUUGCGCGCUGGCAUGGCGCGUCAGGUUUGCCCGGGCUCGUUUAGAAGCUGCUUCUGUCUGUCAUGGUCUCGACAUUUGCCGUGACUUCGAGAACGAGAGGGAGAAUAAUGGAAGAAAGAAAGAGACUUUUUGGCUAUUUUCUUUUCGCGGCUCAGCUCUUUCUGAGCUCCACGCAAGUCCUCAGAAUCGGUGGGAUUUUUGAGACCCGAGAGAGCGAGUUAGUGAGUACGGACGAGCUGGCCUUCAAGUUUGCUGUUAACAACAUAAACCGCAACAAGACCCUGAUGCCCAACACCACUCUUACCUAUGACAUUCAGAGGAUCAACCUCUUUGAUGGCUUUGAGGCUUCCAGGAGAGUGUGUGACCAGCUCGCUCUUGGGGUGGUUGCUGUGUUUGGCCCCUCUCACAGCUCCUCGGUUAGUGCUGUUCAAUCUAUCUGCAAUGCUCUGGAAGUCCCUCACAUACAAACACGAUGGAAACAUCCAUCGGUGGACAACAAAGACACCUUUUUCAUCAACCUGUAUCCGGAGUACACCGCUAUUGCCAGGGCCAUCCUGGAUGUAGUUACGUUCUUCAAAUGGAGGAAGCUAACGGUGGUCUAUGAGGACAGCACAGGUCUGAUGCGGAUGCAAGAAUUGAUCAAAGCGCCAGCAAAGUUCAACUUGAAGAUCAAGAUCCGCCAGCUGACGCCGGGUAACCAGGAUGCUCGACCGCUGCUUAAGGAACUGAAGAAAGACAAAGAGUUUUUUAUUCUUUUUGAUUGCUCCUACCGCAUGGCUGCUGAGCUCCUUAAGCAGCUUUCAUCAAUGGGAAUGAUGACAGAGUACUACCAUUUUUUCUUUACAACUUUGGAUUUAUAUGCCUUGGAUCUCGAGCCAUACCGCUAUAGCGGGGUCAACAUGACUGGUUUUAGACUGCUGAACAUUGAUGACCCUUGGGUCGCAUCUACAAUGGACAGGUGGGCCAUGGAAAGACUUCAGGGUCCCAAACAAGAAAGUGGUCUGAUGGAUGGAGUCAUGACCACAGACGCAGCUUUGAUGUAUGAUGCCGUGUACAUGGUUGCUGUCGCGUCCCAGCGGGCCACUCAGAUGACCGUCAGCUCUCUGCAGUGUCACCGCCACAAGCCUUGGCGCUUUGGUCCGCGCUUCAUGAACCUUUUUAAAGAGGCACAGUGGGAUGGACUGACAGGGCACAUUGUUCUUAACAAGACAGAUGGCCUGAGGAGAGACUUUGAUUUGGACAUCAUCAGCCUCAAAGAGGACGGCAUUGCCAGGGGUGUUGUGGAGGGCGGAAGCCGCCUCACGAAAAGGUGGAUCGAGAUUGCUGUGUGGAACUCGUACAGGGGGAUGAACCUGACGGAGGAGUCCAGGCGAGACAAGAAUAACAAUGUGACAGACUCUCUGGCUAACAGGACUCUCAUUGUCACCACAAUACUGGAAAAUCCUUACGUGAUGUUGAGAAAGUCAGACAAGGAGCUGGUUGGGAAUGAUCGCUACGAAGGCUACUGUCUGGACCUUUUGAAGGAGCUCUCAAACAUCUUGGGUUUUACGUAUGAAGUCAGACUGGUGGCUGAUGGGAAAUAUGGAGCCCAGAAUGAUAAAGGAGAGUGGAACGGGAUGGUCCGGGAGCUGAUCGACCAUGUUGCAGACCUUGCCGUGGCUCCCUUAACCAUCACCUAUGUCAGAGAGAAAGUUAUCGACUUCUCCAAGCCCUUCAUGACCUUAGGCAUCAGUAUCUUGUACCGGAAACCUAACGGCACCAAUCCAGGCGUGUUCUCAUUUCUUAAUCCCCUGUCUCCGGACAUCUGGAUGUACGUGCUGCUGGCCUGCACAGGGGUCAGCUGCGUCCUCUUUGUGAUUGCCAGGUUUACUCCUUACGAGUGGUACAACCCACACCCGUGCAACCCGUCCUCGACUCUAAUUCAGAACAAUUUCACUUUACUCAACAGUUUCUGGUUUGGAGUUGGAGCGCUGAUGCGGCAAAGCUCAGAGUUGAUGCCUAAAGCUCUAUCCACACGUAUAGUUGGUGGCAUCUGGUGGUUUUUUACCUUGAUCAUCAUCUCAUCCUAUACGGCCAACUUGGCAGCCUUCCUCACAGUGGAACGAAUGGACGCACCCAUCGACUCAGCAGAUGACCUGGCAAAGCAGACCAGGAUUGAAUAUGGUGCAGUUAGGGAUGGAUCCACUAUGACUUUUUUCAAGAAAUCAAAGAUCUCCACUUAUGAAAAGAUGUGGGCCUUUAUGAGCAGCAGGAAGAACACCGCUUUGGUUAAGAACAACAGAGAAGGUAUCACCCGCGUCUUGACAACAGACUACGCCAUGCUGAUGGAGUCCACCAGCAUCGAGUACAUCAGCCAGAGGAACUGCAACCUCACACAGAUUGGGGGUCUCAUAGACUCCAAGGGCUAUGGAGUAGGAACACCUAUUGGUUCUCCUUACAGGGAUAAAGUGACCAUUGCCAUCCUUCAGCUCCAGGAGGAAGGGAAGCUGCACAUGAUGAAAGAGAAGUGGUGGAGAGGAAACGGCUGUCCAGAAGAGGACAACAAGGAAGCCAAUGCCUUAGGCGUGGAAAACAUUGGCGGUAUCUUCAUUGUCCUGGCUGCCGGUCUGGUUCUCUCUGUGUUCGUGGCCAUUGGAGAGUUCAUCUACAAGGCCCGCAGGAACGCCGACAUAGAGGAGUGUGUGUCUUUUAGCGCCGUGAUGGAAGACUUGGGGAUCUCCCUGCAGUGUUACAAAGGCAUCCGGAGGAGGUCACGACCUCACGGCGGCGCGAGGUCCGCUUGCAUCUUCUGUCAACCCAAACGUACUUCAAAGAGGGAGGGAGCGAGACGAGAUUCCAACACUUAAGCUUUGAAUCAGAAAAGAAAUAGAAAUGCAGAGACUGGUAUCUGAUCAUUUUACAGUUCUCUUAUUUUUUUGUGUGGGCCACCAGCAGCUAUGACGUUAUUUCCUGAGCACCUGUAGACUGCUUGUGUAUGGAUAACGCAUUAAAUACUGUACCGUAAAUGUAGUUGACAACACUUUAGCCUUGUAUCAACAUUAAUAAUGUUAAAACAGGUGAUGACCGCAAGAAUGAAAUCCCUGUCAUAGCGUAAACCAUCGAUGUUCCCUCAUGGCUGUAGUUUGGGUUAAGGCGUCCGCAGAGUUGAAUCUGCAGACUUUAUAGAACCUCCCAUCGUUUAAUGACAAAAAUUCACUGAUUUUAACAAUAAAAAGACUUUUGCAUUUUUUUAAAUGGUUUUAAAUGAUUUCUUGCUCUCGUUUCUUGCUGGCAGCAGUGUGUGUGCGUUUCUUGUAGGCACACACUGAAGUAGCUUCAGGGAGGAUUGCUGAGCCAACGCUGACCUGCGAAAAGAGAUAAUGACCUCUAAGGAAAGACACAAACACACCUGCUGUUUUAUAGCCUUCCAGUACCAGCAUCUCAAACAUCAAUCCUGACACACAGACACACACACAGACUCCUUACAAACACCUGUGAUCAUGAUGUCAUCCCGGAGAUGGAUCAGAAAAAAGAAUAUAAUACAGGGAGAAUGGAAGGACAAAGUGAAAAGGACGUUUUAUAAUGCUGUAAGCUGUAAGGAGGUCAAAGACAAACACAGUUUUUUCCUUCCCUUGAGAGUAACAGUCUUGUUUUUCAAUAAGCCUCCUUUUUUCAGCGUGUAUUUGUCAAAUUUGACAAUGUGAGGAGAAAUCGUGUCUUCCAGGAGUGACAGUAGAUCCCAGUGGAUGUUUGCAUGCCACAAUGAGAUUUGUUACAUUUAAGUACAUUUUAAGCUUGACAUACACGCUGCAGUAGACCCAUCAGCAGAUUUAGAAUUUACAGCACCAAGCCUCAGACUGAACCAUAAAAUUAAUAAAAGCCUAUAUUUUGGAAAUACAGAAUAUUCCCAUUAGUAUUCUUUAUAAAAGCUUGGUUUUAGGGAUGGAGGCUUAUGACAGCUUCAUUUAAAUUUAAUAUUGUUUGACUACUGUACACAUUCAGUAUGUCUUUAUUCCCCUCUCUUACUCAAACAAGAGAGAUGUCUCAACUGACAGGUGAGGAUUAUGCUGAUGAAAAUGUUCUUAGGAGCCUCAGCAGUAUUAUCUCUCAGCAUUACUAACUAAUUCACGCACCCCUGCUGGAACUCUACUCCUAAGGACACGGUGAAGGAUACCAACUUUGACACUUGACACACAUCAAACGGAUACCCCGGCACAGCACUGAUUAACAUAUGUGACAACAAAGUCUUUACUGACAAAUCCAACUCUCAUUCUCCUUUUGGUCAGUCCCCACAUUACAGUCAAAGCUUCCCCAUAUCAACUUUUGUUCCUGUCCUCUUGGACUUUUUUUUAAGAUCAAAGACUGAAUAACCAGCUCUUACCCAACCUGUGUACUUUUCAUGACUGUGUCCUCCUUUUACCAUUUGAGGCUUUCCGCUCACCUGCCCUGAACUCUAGCUGGGUGUGUGCUCUGUCCACCUUUGUGCCUGAAGCCAUCUACUGUUCCUUUCUUUCAGUUAUUGUAUAAACAUUACUGCAAUCGGUUUUAGAGUUAACUCCAGAAUAUUACAAACCAAAUGAUAGUAAGGAAGCAAUUCCAAGGGGACAGAAACUAAGACAAACUGUUAAUGGAUCAUCUUAAAGUUUAAGUCUUGAUAAUGUCAGGACAUUCAAAACUGACCUUCACUUCCCUGAUCUUAGCAGCUAAUGCAAUGACAUUUCAAACAGGACAGAGCACUAAAUGCUGUUAAUAGCUUAUAAAUUGUUGGAGUCAGAGGUUUUGUGCUGUCGUUUCUCUCUGUAGACUCUGUAUGCUGGUUUGUGUGUAUCUUGAGAGAAUUCAACCAAGCGUUUCUUAAUCUCUUCAUGUAAUGAGUUUUCUCUUUUUUGGUAUUCAGAUUAAUUCUGGGAUUGGGCUCAGUCCAACGUAGCGUUUGGUUGCCCCUAAUCUCCUAACCCCAUAAUUCUUAAUCAAAACCAAAGGCAGUAUUUUUUUUUAUCAUUAUCUAAUCCAUCACGAAUGAGGCCAUGGAUUACAACUCCAACCUUGGCAUGCUGCUAAACUGACCGUUAUUGCUAAGCCAGGAUGACCUCACCUGACUAAUGCUCUGUUGUCUCAGGCUUAAACUCUUCGUCGCAAUGAUCUCAAAGCACAGAGCUCUCAACCUGGGGAAGUGAAAGAGAGAUGUGGAGAUAUGAAGGGAUUGUGGCGUCUGUCUGUUUUUGCUGUCAGUAAGUUUGAAGUUGUGGGGGAAGAAGAAAGCUGUCAGAAAGCCUUCAGAAAACAAAUUAAAAAAAAGGUAAAUUACAGAGCCUGCUGUUUUCCAUUCAGUGCCAAAAUGGAGAAGUAGAAUGCACUUUCUCUAAGGUGGUUUUAAGAGUCUUUAACAAAGAACAGGAAAAACUCAGCAGGACAAAGUUUAGAUUUGAUUUCAUCACAUUUCUGAAGAAAAGUUUGUUUCUCACCAAUUUAAGUCCUUCAGACCUGUCAGACUUUGUCCAUGUAUUACAAUAUAAAGCUCUUAACUGUACAUGCAAGUACAGAAGGCCCAAAUCUAAAUAAUGACUGCGGAAUAAAAGAGGCACAGACAUUUGAGUGCGUCCCAUCCAUCACAAUGUAAUGAACAGUCUCUGGGGCUGAUAAGGCACAUCUCUGUCAACCUUCCUGUCAAUGAAGACAAACGAGAGGGAGGAGGACUCUUAGAGGCGCAGAGCAUUAUUUAUCUAUCCCCUUCUGUUUCUCCCUCCCUGCGCCUGCCUUUCUCUCCUGCUAUGUGAAGUCCUGGCUGCAAAAAUUCAGAGUGAAUGCUGCCAUCUGCUGGUGUGCAGGGGAACUGGGCUUGUGAAUAAAAAACUGAAAACUUUUGAAAACCUCUGCAGUUCUUACACGGGACGUUCAGUUAUUUUUUUUUUUUCUUAAAUAGACUUUGCAGACUCAAGCUU